CUCAAAAGUUGCAACAAGGACGAUGGCACCGAAGCGACCUCUCGACGACACCGCACCGAAGCGCAACGACACAGAUGCCGAGAUCGACGCCGUCGAGUGGCGCGACAUGCACAUGAUAUCCACGAAUGCCGACGCGGAGCCGCUUCCGGACCCCAUGCGAAAGUUUACGGCCACGCCGUUCUCGGCAUCGGUAUUGGCAGCGCUGGACAACGCUGGGUUCACCGAACCAACUCCGACUCAAGCGCAGUCGUGGCCCAUAGCUCUCGCAAGGAGAGACAUGAUUUCCAUCGCGAAGACGGGGUCUGGGAAGACGCUGGGAUUUCUGCUGCCUUCCUUCCACCACCUCGCCAGAGCCACACGCAUCCAACAAACGCGAACGAAAGCCAAACACAAGUAUGCGUUCCCAGUUCGAUCCAAGGAUCCGCGUAUGGUUGUUCUAGUCCCGACACGAGAGCUUGCGACGCAGAUCGAAAAGGAGGCCAAGAAAUACCUCCGAGCGUUCCAUCCGUCGCUACGGGCAGUGGCAGUCUUUGGCGGCGCCGACAAGAAGGCGCAGCUGGAAGCGCUCGAGAUGGGUGUCGACUGCUGCGUAGCUACACCCGGGCGCCUUCUGGACUUCCGUGAGUCGUUGAAUCUUGCCAAGGUCGACAUUCUCGUGUUGGACGAAGCUGACAAGAUGCUUGAAUUGGGAUUUGAACGGCAAUUGCAUGCAUUGCGGGAGCUACUGCCCGUCGCCACUCGGCAAACGUUAUUAUUCAGUGCAACGUGGCCCGUGGCAGUGCAAUCUCUGGCAGCGUCGUUUGUACGACCCGACGCGGUGACCGUGAUCACGGGCGCAUGCCAGGUGAAUCCGUCGAUCCGUCAAACGUUCGAGGUGUGCGGCAGCGACAACGACAAAGCCGACCGCCUAGUGGCGUUUUGUCAAGCCCACACCACGACGAAAUCGAUUGUGUUUUUCAAAACAAAGCAAGGGUGUGAUGCGAUGGAGGCCCUUGUCAAAGCCAAGUUACAGCCCGAGACUCUGGAGGGCGGUGCCAACUCCGCCAAGAAGCGCCAGGCACCGACCACCGUCGUCGCAGUCCACGGUGAUAAGUCGCAAGUCGAGCGUGCAAUGUCACUCAACCAAUUCAAGAACGGCACGUGCUUGCUGUUGUUUGCUACGGACGUCGCAUCCCGAGGACUCCACGUUCAGGACAUCCACACCGUGAUCAACUACGACUGCCCCGAUUCUGAGGAAACCUACAUCCAUCGCAUUGGUCGCACUGGCCGCGCCGGUGCCACUGGUAUGGCCGUGACGUACGUGACAGACGCAGACCGCGGUGUUGUGAAGAAGUUGCUACGAUUAGUCAAAGAGACCGACCAAGAUAUUCCCGCGGACGUGCAGGCAUGGUGCCGCGCCGUCCAGCCACGAACGACACCAGCCGAGACAGACGCCAGGAGGCCAGACGGAAAGAGACCCCACGUCCCCAAGAAGAAGUCGACCCCACCUCACCAGCAACCCAAGAAGAAGAAGAAGCAAGUUGUUGGCAAGCGCAAGCAACGGCUGUGCCAGUAAAUAUCGUCCUGGCCCAAUUGCCACGCAUAGCAAUAAUCCACCUUGGAGCACAAGAGGGUCGCCGAUUGUGUAGGCGGACUCAUCAC